GACAAAGAUCACCCGCGCUCCACUGCACCGCCCUGAGGACGAUGGCCGGGUCUCCUGCACUGCUCCUCCUGCUCAGCCUGGGGCUCUGCUGUACCGGUGCCCAGGGACAGAGGAACACGAUGGAGGCCAGGUUCCUUAACAGGAACAUGAAGCACCCCCAGGAGGGACAGCCGCUGGAGCUGGAGUGCAUGCCUUUCAACAUCGACAAUGGUGUCUCCUGGAUUCGACAGGACAAGGAUGGGAAGCUUCACUUCAUUGUCUACAUUUCCCCCUUAUCCCGGACUGCUUUCCCACGGAACGAGAGAACAUCUUCACAGUUCGAGGGGUCAAAGCAAGGUAGCUCCUUUCGGCUGGUGGUGAAGAACUUUAGGGCACAGGACCAGGGGACCUAUUUCUGCAUUGCCAACAUCAACCAGAUGCUGUACUUCAGCUCGGGACAACCCGCCUUCUUCCCAGCCACAACAACAGCAGCACCCACCACAGCUGCUGCCACCACCCAGAGCAGCCACGUCAACAAGGACAUCUGCAUGCCGAGCUCAGAGCCAGGAACAAGCAGUGAGAACAUUCUGAAUUUGUACUGUGAGAUUUUCAUCUGGGCUCCCCUUGCUGGCGUCUGCCUCGUGCUCCUUGUAGCUCUGAUCGUCACCAUCGUGCUCUGCCAAAAGACCAGAAGACGACGAUGCAGGUGUAAGAGACCUCCAAAUGGGAAGCCUGGUGCAAAACCCUGUGUGCCCACCCGACACAUAUGAGCAGCUGAAGCGCCCGGCAUCUGGGAGCCACUGCUGCCAAAGGCCAUCUCCCACACAGCUACUACUCUUCACGCAUGCUAGCCUGAGAAAUCCAGAAAGACAGCAAAGGAGCAGAGUGACACCGAGCCAGCAUCUCCCUGAAGCACAGCUCUUACAGAACCAGAGCUUUUCCAUUGGAUUCCAAAGGCCCAACACCACCUUCAGACCCAGAGGAGCUCUGUGGUUGCAGCUGUCCUGAUGCAAACACCCACUGGAGAUAAGUGGAUGAGAAAUAAGGAUAUUGACUGGACAUCUGCCCUCUUUUUUGUGCUGCUGUGCACCCCCCUCAAAGCUUCAUAGAGCCACAGGAUGGCUCAGGUUGGACGGGACCUUACAGACCAUCCAGCCAUGGGCUGGGUGACCCCACCAGGUCAGGCUGCCCAGGGCACCAUCCAACCCAACCCUGAGCAAAGUUUCACCUCAUAUAACACAGGGCUGCGCUGAGAAAGCAAACACGGAUAUAAGGGCUGUACUUUUGGGGGGGGGGGGGUUUACACUCUUGCAGGCUGAAGUUUCCUAUUUCUCCUUUGCUCCCUUCAUCCUGCUGCUAGCCCCGCAGCCACUGCUCAGCACCUGGGCACGGAGUGGGACUUCCCUUCCUUCUGGAAUAAAUGGUUGAGUAUUGAUAAACUAACAGCCUUUGUUACUUGCUUUGGCUAAGCAGGACUUUCGGCAUACUUGGGGCACUGUGAGUGAGAGUUGUGUUUAUUUUUUCAGCUCUGUGCCUGAUGUAAAUAUUUCCUCGUUACACUGACACGUCAAUACCUGAGAUAAAAUAAAGCAGCAUUUCCAGCCAGA